UCUUGGAAACUCUCGUAGUAUUGAUGAGAAAAAAGAGAGAAUAAAUGAAGAAAAAAAAUUCGGAAUCUCACCCUCAAAUACAGCCUUCUCUUUUCUUUCGCUGAAUUAGAUUUUUAUUGCGUAGACAAUGUAACACGACAGCGACGAGGUUCAACCGAAAAACAAGGAUACGAAUACGAAGUUACCAAUUCUGUCGAGAAGUACGUGUUGGAAGCUUUUUAGUUAUAGUAACUAUUACUCCUCAAAUCCCAAAAUAUGUUUCUCAAGAAAGAGACCUUGAACCCAACUGAUUCCAAAUCUUCUUCUCUUGGCUUCCUUUGGUAAUUGUUUGCUCUCAAAGUUUUCUCUUUUCGAUUACCCUUUUCCUCAACUAAAGAGAACCAACUUGUCAUUAGAGCUCUUCUUUCUCAAACGUCAUCCUUUUUUGGAUUUAUUAUUCUCAAGUCAAGAUUUUCAGCCGAAAACAGCUCAAAGACUUUGUUUUGAAAAUUUUGACGAAAUCAGAGUUGUUGAUAUCAGAUUUAACCAGAAUUGUAGACCCAGGCGGCUUAUUUAUUUGAAAAAGACAUAUCUUUGAUGACCCAAUUCAAGGGUUAGCAAAGGGGUGGAGUUUCCGUUACAGAAGUUUAAAGCUUGGCAAAAUAAGAUGUCUUGCCCCUCAAACGGCAUCGUUUUCAAUGGUAGCCAGUGCAGCUGCCCGGUGGGGAACCUGCUGAACCGGACGGCCAACCGCUGCGAACUCUUUUCAGCUGACUCCACCAUCACCACCGACCAUGGAGUUGACUACUACGCUAUGACCUUCCCGGAGACCAUCUUCGAGUUUGACUCUAUUAAGAAGUUCACGCAGUCUCAGGCGGUGUUCUUGGAAGCCACCCUUGUCUUGCUUCUCUCCUGGCUCGCAUUCUGCCUUUUUCUCAGGUUUAUGAAGCCGGGCAAUGAUGGAAAUAGCAUUUGGUUUAAGCUUAGAUGGUGGGUUAGCAGAUUGGAUAUUUCCUUUGCCACCAGGCAUUGGCUGGAUGAUCAGAAGGUGGUUAAAAAGCGGAAAACAGAACUUGGUGGAACUUUCUCAAUAGCUAGUUGGAUAGUCUUCAUUGGUUUAUUUGCUACGUUGCUUUACCAAAUCAUAUCCAGGAGAACCAUUGAGGUGCAUAAUGUUAGAGCAACAAAUGGACCCGACUUGGCCUUAUUUGUUAAUGACAUGGAAUUUAAUAUUACCACUAUAUCGAGUAUGAGUUGUUCAAACUUGCGCGAUCUUGGUACUUUAGUGACUGGAAAUCCUGGCUCUAUUGACUAUAAAAGUGUUCCACUUUCAAACUUUGGAAACUACUCUUGUAAAAAUACUAGUGAAGGACCAACUAUUAUUCUCAAGUGCGAUGGAUGUCAACCCAUUCAUGACAAUCUAUACAUCUCUUGGCAGUUUGUUGAUCUACCAAACAAUCCUGCAACUGCUGUUGGAUUUCAGUUCAACCUUACUACGAGGAGUCAUGCCAACAAGAGACAUGUGAGUUUUGUUAGUGGAAUACUAAAGAAUGGGAGUACUUUUAAUAACAGUCCUGUUACCUUUAGAGGAAAGGAUACAAAUAUACUGAAGUUCAGUUUAUUUCCCCGAAUUUAUCGUAAUCUAAAGGACCUAAGGCUCAUCCAACCUCUUUUUCACGAGUUUGUUCCUGGUUCUCAUUUUACCGACACACGUCAGCUCCAAACAUCUCUAGCUAGCCCCAGUGAUGGAACACUCAACACCACUUUGUAUGUCAACUUCCUUUCUUCCUACAUUGUGGAGAUCGAUGAUCAAAACACUAUGGGUCCAGUGAGCUUCCUUGCAGAUCUUGGUGGCUUGUAUUGCAUCAGUAUUGGCAUUUUUUUCUAUUUACUGGUUCAAUGUGAAUAUAGAAUAAAGAGGCUGCGCCAUGAAGAUCAAACGUUACGAACAAUUAGACAUCGGCGAAAAACACUGGAACGCUGGGAAAAAUUGAGGAAAUAUGUGAUGUAUACAUGGGGCUGCAACACAUUAGAUGAUAACCACAACAAGAAGAAAAAUGUAUCAUGUUGCAGUGGUGGUAUGCUGGAAUCUAUUAGCCAAAAAGGAUCAUCACGAAAACACAGGCAACAGAGCAGAAUGGAUUCUAUCAAUUUGAACAAGAAAGUCACAUCGCCUAGUAAAAGUAAAAAGAUUCCUGCCCCAGAUCAUUCCCACACUAUAACCAAGUCUUCUAUACCAAAAUCUGCUUUGAGUCAUGAAGAGAAGUCAGCCUCUCAGGGUGAACUUACACAGAAACAUGAGGAAGAACAUCAAUCUGGUGGAUCAUGCAAGGAAAGUUCAUCCCAGCUUGAUUCAUUCUCGUUAUCUAAUGGAAACAUUCCUCUGCCACCUACACUAGAGUUGAAGGAUUGUUCACAAAUGGAUAUGUCUGAUGUUCAAAAGAAUCUCAAAUGUUUGUACGAGUACAAUGUCAUGCUGAGGGAGAAAUUUUUAUCUGUGCAAUCUAUGCUUCAUGAGUUAUCAACAAAGUCCUUGCCUCCUGCAAAUGAUGACAAUCGAAACACCUCAUAGUUCUUCAAGCAAAUUUGAGUAUGCAUCACACUACAUUGCUCACGUUCCAAGUCUCUGUCAGAUUUUGCAUGAAAUUCUUUUGGUCAUUUCUACUGGGAGAUUAAAAUGACCGGAAGAGUCACGACUGUCAAGGCUACAUCUUCGAUGAGCUAUAAUGUUAUGUUUCUGACAUGCAUAGGGGAAGCGUUGUCGAUCUUUCGAGGGAUCAUCUCGUGUUUAAUCCACACCAUAUUUCUGGGGGAAAUACCCCUUGAUUUAAUUAUUGAUUUGUGCAGUCACUGUCACUUUUGAUUCUUGCUUGGCUCAAGCCAAAAUUUACACAACUUUUAGCUGCAUUUUUUGUAGGGGUUACUGAUGUGGGUGAAAUGUGAAAGAAAUGUUCCAAUUUGAAAUGUCAAUGGCCGGUAUAUUGAUAUAGGGUAGCCUAGUUUUUUUUUUCCUUUCUAUAUGCUCAAGUAGAUUUAGACCAAAAUUUUCUGGUUUCUAAUUUAUUUAUUUUUUGUCAGAAUUUUUGUUUACACUUUAGUGUGACAUUUCAUUACCUUAAAGCAAAGGUUUCGUUAUUGUUCCUACCUCGUUGUCGAUUACUUGGAAUCCACGAGAACCAUUUAGAUGA